GCGGGGGAGUUAGGGAGGGAAUCCUGACCGCUGCAGCGUCUGCACAGCUGUUAAGUUUAUGGGACCCUUAGGAAUGUAGGGAGUGCUGACACUUCACCUGCGGCGACUGCGGGGUCUGCCCCGGGAGAAAGGAAGAGCGGGGAAAGUACUCCUCCUGGGGGCGCUGGGUCCGGGCUGCUGAGGCAGCUGCCGCAGCGCGGGGAAAGAGCUGCAGCCUCAGCAGCCUCAGCUGUGGCCGCGAUUGUCCCCCUGGGACUCGCAGCAGCCAGGCGGGUACGCUUCGGGCGGGCUCUUUCUGUCCGAAACCCAAACCCCGCAACUCCGAGCCGAGGGCAGGAGCAGCCGCGGGGCUUUUUGGUCCAGGGCGAGUGGGAUCCAACGCGCUGCCCGCCGCCAUGGAGCCCGGGCCGUCCGGAGGCUCCAGGCCCGCGGAGCCGGGGCCUUGCCUGCACGGCCCAGGCGGCGCCUGCCAGGAGACCUCGGCCUACUCGCUGAGCCCGUCCGGGGCCGGGCUGGGGUUCGGCGUGGCGGCCGUGUUGCCAGCUGGGGGUUGCGGGGAGAGGAUGGGCGUCCCCACCCCGAAGCAGUUCUGCCCCAUCCUGGAGAGGCCGCUCAUCAGCUACACCCUGCAGACCCUGGAGAGAGUAUCUUGGAUAAAGGACAUUGUCGUGGCAGUAACUAGAGAGAACAUGGAAGCAAUGGAUGGUAUUAUCCAGAGGUACCAGCAUAAACGCAUUUCGCUAGUUGAAUCUGGAGUGACCCGCCAUAGGUCAAUUUUCAAUGGACUAAAAGCACUGGCAGUGGAUGGGUCCAAAUCUAAGCUCUCUAAGCCAGAAGUAGUGAUUAUCCAUGAUGCUGUGAGACCAUUUGUUGAGGAAGAUGUCCUCCUUAAAGUUGUGAGAGCUGCUAAAGAACACGGGGCAGCAGGAGCAAUUCGACCUCUUGUAUCUACUGUCAUCAGUCCAUCUGCUGAUGGUUGCUUAGACCACUCACUAGAACGUGCCAGAUACAAAGCAAGUGAAAUGCCACAGGCGUUUCUAUUUGAUGUGAUCUAUGAAGCAUACCAUCAGUGUAGUGACUAUGACCUGGAAUUUGGAACUGAGUGCUUGCAGUUGGCUCUAAAAUACUGUCACACCAAAGCCAAACUGGUAGAAGGAUCUCCUGAUCUCUGGAAGGUGACCUACAAACGAGAUCUGUAUGCGGCUGAAUCAAUUAUUAAGGAAAGGAUUUCACAGCAGAUUUGUGUAGUUAUGGACACAAAAAGUGAUGAAGAACAUGUAGGUCGUCUUCAAGAAAUGCUAAAAAAUGAAUUAAAACAUGUAAAUGUCACAUCCAGGCCACUGUGUCAUGCUAGCAGAGAUCUUCAGCAAAUCACCUUAGGACAAUGCUACGAUUUUGUUUGUAUAAACGUUAUGAACUUUGAUUUUCAAGAAACCCGGAAGUUACUGUGUAUGCUCGAAGAGAGUCAUCUUUCCAUUUUAUACCCUGUUGUUGUGGUUUCGGUGAACUUCCUUGAUUAUAAUUCAGUACCUUUUGGUGAGAAAAUGGAAAACCUAUUGCAGAUUAGGGAAUUUGCAAAGGAAGUGAAAAAAAGAAAUAUUUUAUUAUAUGGCCUCCUCAUAUAUUACCCACAGGAUGAGCUUAAGCUACAGGAGAGUUUAAGGCAAGGUGCUGCCAUUAUUGCUGCCUUAAUGAAAGAAAGAAAUUCUGGACUUGUUGGUCAGCUACUGGUAGCAUGAAGUACCUGGAGAAAAUAACCUGCUGUGAUUUUUGAAACAUUUACCUAAGUAUCUCUCUCUCUCUUUUUUUUUAAUUUUGUAUGUAGUAGGAUGUUUAAGUUACCUUUUAUGUCUUUUUAUAAUUUGUGGCAUGUGAUGACUAGAUUACAAAAUCCGAUCAAUGUUUACACCUGUCAAAGAUUUUGCCUUUGUAUACUUCAAAUACAAAUCACCUGCACCCGAAAAGAAUAGAUAAGUGGGAAAUAAUAGUUUUCACAUAUAGAGCCUUUUCACAAAGUCAUGAAAGGUCAAAUAGAAAUAAUGAUGGAUAAGCUAUUCCUUCUAAAGAAACGAGAAUUUAAAAAACUUCAACUGCUAUCUUAUCUCUAUGUUAAUUAAUAAAUCAUGCUAGAAUGAAGCUAAUGGAUAAAGUUGAGAAUGAUUCUUAAUUCCAAAGUUAUCCUUUCAUCGUGUGGUAUUUUGUAUUAUAUUGGAAUUUUUCAUAUCUUAAAAAAAAGAAAGUUGAUAACAAAAAAUACAACUAUUUGGUUUCAAUAUCUUCUCCAUCGGCCUCAUGUCACCUUAGAUCUUUAAAGGAGAUGUAAUCCCUUUCUGCUUUUCUAUUGUUUUUAAAUUGCAUGUUUUCUUUGGUUUAUGGAGUAUAACUUUGACUUACAUAAUUUUAAAGGGCCUCUGAUUUUUCUGAAUAAGUUUUAAAGGAAGCUGGGAAGCUGGGUGGAAGCUAUUGAUAAAAUUGAAGUUAUUUUGGUUAA